UCAAAGAGAGACCUUUGUUGAGAAAAAGAAUUGAUUUCGACAAGCAUGAACUUGCCUUGACUUUCUUAAAAAUCCCAAUUUGGUUGAUCAUACGGAAUUGGAGAUCCUAAAGGUUGCAGUCUCCAAGGAAAAGCUUCGAAUCUUCCAAUUCAAUUUUGAAGGUUGAAGCUUUUCCAUUUCCCAAUUCCUCAAUCUUACUCUUCCUUAUUUAUCAAUGAACUUAUAAAUAAAUAUCAGCCCUUUUACUUCUUUCUUCAAUAUAAUAAAUGAAACUCCAUGUUUUAUGCUUCUUUUUACUCUUAAUUAACGGCUUCUCAACUUCAAAUGCCGACCGAUUCUACUCCCAGAGUACCCAACAACAGAUUGUGCCUUCUAGUUCUCAGUUGGUUGAUUUCAGAGCCCCUUCUCGAGCUGGAGCCCGCUCUCUCAAAUCACUCUCACACCUUGAAGAUUCUACUGAAUUAGUUGCUCUCCUAAAUGGUACUAUUUAUUUUCAAGAGACAAAUUCCGAGAGAGUUUUCUGGUCGUUUUCAUCUGGAGCACCAAUAUACUCAUCAUAUCAAGCUUCCUUCAAUCAGGAUAAUGAUGGAGAAAAUGAAUUUGGACCAAGUACUGGAUUCUUUAUUGACUAUGGAGAUGACUGGCAGCUCUAUGCUCAUGGAAAACACUCUAGUGGAAUGAAACUUUCUAUGAAUAUUGAAGACUUCAUGAAAAUUACACCACAUGUAUCAGAGGAUGGAGCUGUUAUACUUGGAUCUAAAAUUACUACUGUGUUUGUGGUUGAGGCUAAGACUGGAAGACUUGUCCAAACUUAUAAGUCGCUUGAUCCUCCAUCUUCGCUGCAAAGAGAUGAAGAAGGGAAUGCAUUCUUAAAUGAGAAUAGAAAUAAUGACUUGAUAAUUUCUGACUCAGCAACUUCUGCUCAACUCAUAUACAUCACAAGGACAGAUUACACGCUGCAAAAUUUUGGUCCAAAUUCAGACAAAAUUUCUUGGAAUAUGAAAGUGGCCAUGAUUGAGGCUGCUUUUCUUUGUAAAGAUGUUGAGGGUCGAAGCAACUUUGAUAUGCCUUUGUCAUGUCAAUCUAGAAGGAUGGUGGUUCGGAGGCAGGGUAAUCCACAGUCUUCUUCUGAGGCUACUCAUGGUGAUGAAAUGCUUCCAGUGCCUGCUUUAGAUUUAGUGCUACCUUCACAGCCCAGGGUUGGAAAAUCAUUACAGGAUCAUCAUGAGGGAAGGAUGCUUUCAGGAUCUGCUUCAGAUUUUGUGCUUCCUUUGCAAUCUAAAGUUGAUGAACUGCCAACAUUUCACCCCACUGAUGAUAGUGAAGGAAUGCUUGCUUUGCCUAAUGAUUCUGAGGGAUUUGAUGCGCAUAAUGCCAGAGUGGCUUUUGAUGAUUGGUUAAACAUCCUCAUCAAGCGAUCAACAACACUAUCAUUUAUGUUUUUUAUUGUCAUCAUUCUGUUGGGCUUUAACUUCUAUCCUAGCAAUCUAGUGGGUAAAAGUAAAGUUGCUUCAGAGGGGCUUUCUAGUGACAGCCGUUCAAAAGCUUCAUCUUCCAAAAGGAAGAAAAGUAGGAAAUCAGGAAAGAAAAAUGGCAAAGACGUGCCAUUUGAAAAUGAUGAUGGACCUACACUUAGUGACAGCAGUGACAAAAAGUUGUUAGACCUUAAUAAACAUGUUGAUCGUGGUGUCAAUGGACGUAGAAUUGGCAAGUUGUUUGUAUCAAAUGCAGAAAUUGCUAAGGGAAGCAAUGGUACCAUUGUCCUUGAAGGUAUAUAUGAAGGUCGACCUGUUGCUGUGAAACGUCUUGUUCAAGCUCAUCAUGAGGUGGCCUUCAAAGAAAUUCAGAAUCUUAUUGCAUCAGACAGACAUCCAAAUAUUGUUCGAUGGUAUGGGGUGGAGAAUGAUAACGAUUUUGUCUACCUCUCCUUAGAGCGUUGCACCUGCAGCUUAGAUGAUUUGAUUCAGAUAUAUUGUGAUUCUUCUUUCAACCAAGUCUUCAGUGAGGAUCAAGCGACUAGAGUUGCAACUAACUAUAAACUUCGGUUGAAUAAGGUGAAGGGUAUACUGCAGGAUCUUAAUUUAUGGAAAUCAAAUGGCCAUCCAUCGCCUCUUAUGUUAUUGUUGAUGAGGGAUGUGGUAUGUGGACUUGUGCAUCUGCAUGAAUUGGGUAUUAUUCAUCGAGACUUAAAACCUCAAAAUGUGUUGAUACUCAAGGAAAGAUCUCUAAGUGCAAAGCUUUCUGAUAUGGGAAUUAGCAAGCGCCUUCUUGGGGAUAUGUCUUCUUUGGGUUAUCAUGCUACUGGUUGUGGCAGUUCUGGUUGGCAAGCGCCUGAGCUGCUUCUUCAAGGACGCCAAACACGUGCAGUUGAUUUGUUUAGUUUGGGCUGUGUCCUCUUUUUCUGCAUAACCGGUGGUAGGCAUCCAUUUGGUGAUCGUCUUGAGCGGGAUGUCAAUAUUGUCAAAAACAAAAUGGACCUUUUUCUGGUGGAGUAUUUUCCAGAAGCUGGGGAUCUUAUAUCCCGUUUAUUAAACCAUGACCCUGAAUUGAGGCCAAAGGCACUGGAAGUGCUUCACCAUCCAAUGUUUUGGAGUUCCGAGAUGAGAUUGUCAUUUCUCCGUGAAACUAGUGACAGAGUAGAAUUGGAAGAUAGGGAGUCUGGUUCUGUUCUCUUGAAAGCAUUAGAGAGUAUUGCAUCAACUGCACUUGGUGGAAAAUGGGAUGAAAAGAUGGAACCUGCAUUUAUUACUAAUAUCGGCCAUUACAGGCGAUACAAGUAUGACAGUGUUCGAGACUUGUUGCGAGUCUUACGAAACAAGUUGAAUCAUUAUAGAGAACUUCCUAAAGAAAUUCAGGAGCUUGUUGGACCAAUUCCAGAAGGAUAUGAUGGCUAUUUUGCAAGUCGAUUCCCAAAGCUGUUGAUUGAAGUGUACAAAGUUGUGUACAGAUUCUGUAGGGAAGAGGAUUGCUUUCACAAGUAUUUUAAAGGCAUUAUUGUUUAAACUCCUGGCCCCUUCUGAUUUCCCAGUAGCAAUUAAUGUGAUUGAGGUCAUGUAAUAUUGUAAAUACAGCUCUAAUCUUAAUAGUGUACGAUACCUUAUUUAUUAAUCUAACUUGCUUGUUCUUCUCUUGA